AUGUCUAUGCAGAUAAAAUCGGACUCACCUUUGCCGGGCCUGCCAAUUCCAGAGCCGAUAUGUUCAGAUGUUCCAGGCACCUGGGCCUAUGACACCAUGAAACGAAGAGUAAACGAAGAGAUACUUCAGCGUACAUAUGAAGACAACAAAAAAGAAUGGGAAAGUCCGAAAUUUCAGUCAAUUCUCAAGCGGUUCUUGGAAUUGAGAGAAGAUAUUGGAUCAUCUGGCCAGCUGAAGAUGCUGGAUGCACUUCCCGUAGACGCUCCCGAAGACCGAGUCAAGGAAUGGAACGAGUGGAAUCAGAUAUUGCAACCCUAUUUGGACAAACGGGAUACAUGGUUAUCAGCUCCUUGGCUGGUCACCGAGUUCUUCGUUUACAGAAAACUCAUAGAGGUGAUAGGUUACUGGGAUGAAUCUUCUGCAGGUUACAAGUAUGAUCCUUUCGCCAAACAAAAACAAGCCGGGUUGGAGAGUUCAGUCGGCUCAGCUGAGCCCAUGCUAGGGAAAAUUCCAAACUUGCCAAAGACAAGUGAAGGUAUUGAACUCGCUGCAUCGAUUGCACUAUGGGGCAAUAAAAUGGACCUUUCAAUCUGGCCAGCGGAUGCUGCAGAUGCUAGUGUUGACAUCUUUACAACCAUUUUAGCGAGUGCUAGCGACAAUCUUCUCCAUGACGACUUUGAUGCAUUAGCAGGUUAUUGUGGAAAGCUGAGAGAAAAUGGUGGCGGGCAUAUCGAUGUAAUCGUAGAUAAUGCAGGUUUUGAGUUGAUCACCGAUCUUGCUUUGGCACAGCAUCUCGUGGAGAGCGGUAUAGCAUCUUGUGUUACCUUUCAGCUAAAAUCACAUCCAACCUUUGUAUCUGAUGCUCUCGAAAAAGACCUUCGAGGACACAUCGAUUAUUACAAGAAUCUUGAUUCUAAAAAAUUCCCAAAUGCGCACAAGGCUGGUGUAAAGUGGAGAGAAUUGUUGGAUACAGGCAAAUGGAAGUUUAAUGAGCACAACUUCUGGGUGCAGGCAUUUCCAAUGUGGGAGAUGACAGAACCCUUGCGCACUGAGAUGAAAGAGAGAUGUGACUUAGCGUUUGUGAAGGGAGACGCCAAUUAUCGUAGGCUUCUCGGUGAUUGCAUGUGGGACCUUGCCGCUCCUUUCGAUGAAGUUGUUGGGAAUUACUUUCCGACACCAAUUUGCGCUCUUCGAACUCUCAAGGCCGAAAUUGGAGUUGGUAUGGACAGAAAACAAAUCGAAAGAGCCAAGCAACUAGAUUCGUCCUGGAUGGUGAAUGGCCGUUUUGGAGUUGUGCACUUUGCGAUGGGAGCGAAAGAAUAG